AUACAGUUAAUACUUUUCGUGUUGAUUUUGUUCUCUGCAGGCGUUUAUUUGAGACGACUGCCAAUAUUAUGUGAAUAUUGUUAUAGAAAAGUAAUUUGCAAAUCAAAAGAAGAUCGAUAAAAGUACUCGCAAUAUAUAAAGGAUACUGCUUUCAGUGCAUACCCAGUCAGAGGAUUGGUACAGUAAAUAGAGAUUCAGAUUACACCAUGGCUGGGAAAGUUGCUUUCACAAGGCUGAUGAUUUUGAGCCUGAUAAAUUACACAUAUGCAACGCCGGCAGUUGGCGCUUUAGGCGGCACUUGUACGACUGAUGGCGAUUGUACCGUUACAACAAAUGCUGGAAAAUGUUCAACAACAUGCGCAUGCAGUGACGGAUUCUCAGCCAACACCGCGGUUACUGCAUGCAUAGCCAAUGGAGCUCUUAAAGGCGCAUGUGCAACAAGUGCGGACUGUACAGGAACUACAAAUGCUGACGUCUGCACCGCAUUAAAGUGCCGAUGCAAAACCGGGUAUUCAGCUAACAUCGCUGAAACAACUUGUAUAGCCAACGGUGCUCUUAAUGGAGCCUGUUCAGCUCCCUCUGAUUGCACCGGAACUACAAAUGCGGACGUUUGCACGAACAGCAGGUGCGCAUGUAAAACCGGGUAUUCAGCCAACACCGAAGGGACAGUCUGUAUAGUUGACGGUGCCCUCGGAGGAAAGUGCACCGUAUCAAGCGACUGUACCAAUACAACUAAUGCCAACACCUGCACUUCCGACAAAUGUGUGUGCGACACAGGAUUCUCCGCGAACCCAACUCAAACUGCAUGUUUGGCCGGAAAUACAGGUUCCGUUUCCAUGGCAUCGACAUGGAUACUUGUAAUCGCUUAUAUGCCUGUAUCUAUAUAUCUAUAGAGUACGCACAUGCUUUUGCAGAACAAGUAAAUGUGGAAAGGUCCUAUGGACAAAAGGCGAGAAGUUAUGUGUGUUGUAACUGUAUGCAGAUUUUUAUUUUUGUGUGUUUAAAAAAUCCACGGUGAUGCUGCCUUUUACAUACUACCAUUCUUAGAGGAUAGAUUGUAAUUGUGUAGAAAUGAAUCGUGGUGGGCUUCUUUUUAUAUUUGUCAACAUAAACAAGAUGUUAUUAUAUCCUAAAACGAAAAGAGUUCACGUGUAAUCGACGAGUCCAUGAUGAUUGCAAAUUUCAAAGGACAAUUCUCUCUAUAUAGAUUGAGCCAAAUCACAAACAUAAAGCUAAAAUGUACUGAUAAAUAUAUAACAUAUAAAUAUAAAAAUAAAGAAACAACUUUCCGGACUUAUAUUUCCAUUUAAUUU